AGUUGUUUUAUCAACGUUUAGAUGUAACGUUACACUGCUCAGAAAUCAUGGCUAGGUAGGCAGCUCACUAACAAGUUUUGUCAUGGAUCCAGAGGUUUCGCUCAUGCUUCACUGUGAUCCAUCACAGGCUCUUGAAGAACAUCAGAUGCACGUAGAAGUUUCAGACAGAUUCAAUCGUCAGCGUUUUCCUGAAAUCGAGCAGCACAUUGAAGCCAUCUGGACUGACCGAGUGACCAAAGAACCAUGGCUUUUCAAUGGCGCCAAAUUCAGACUGCAUUCAGCACUGCUCGCGCUCACAGAAAACGGACCAAUGGGAGAACAGGCCCUCCAAAACACAACGCGCUUGCGGCACGAUGAAGGAGAGCACUCAGAAAGCACUCGCAACAAAUCUUCGGGGGGAUUGGCAAAAAGAGAGCAACCAUGUGUGGUGAAGUUACAGUUGGGCCUGACUUGUUAUAAAGACUAUCUGGGGACGAACUGGUCACGAGAGGCAGAGAAGCUGCAGAGUCACGGACGGAACGAGUGUUUGGACCCUCAGGCAUUUCUGUCGCAGCCGCUGGGGGUCGGGGCUGUUUUGGCCACUGCGGAUGGAGAUGUCGUCCUGCUGAGGAGAAGUCAAAAAGUGGCUGAAGCUGCAGGUCUGUUAGACAUUCCUGGAGGACAUCCAGAGCCGAAGAUGGUGUGCCCGGGGGUCAGUGAGGAGGAUAUUUGUGUUGAGCUUCUGCAGGGUAAAGAGAGAGCCGUUGUCUCUGAGAUCUUCUCCUCUGUGUGUGCAGAGGUCAGCGAUGAGGUGAACGUUCCUCUGGCUUCUCUCAGUAAACCGUUGUUUAUGGGAAUUGCCCUGAACCACACCAGUGCAGGUCGACCCAGUGCUGAGUUUUAUGUUCGGUGCACUUUGACGACGGAGGAAGUGAGAGAUUUCUAUAGACGUGGAGGUCCAGAAGCAAAUGAGUCCACUGAUAUACUGUUUCUCAGUCGAGAGAAAAUGCUCCAGUUAAACGAGCGCUCCCCCUUGUGGUCAGAGAUGUGUCCUUCAGCAAAGGGUGCAGUUCUGCUCUAUCAGAGGGUGAUGCCUGAAUAAUUCACUUCAUACACACGAGUGUUAUUUUAUGAUUUGCCAACAUUCUGUGUUGUCUAUCAUAUAGUGGUGUUAUGUAAUACAUAAUAUAUUCUA